CAGCCUUCGAGGAUCCGUCAUCGAUACCAGUGAUCAAGGAAUCAUUCGAAGUGACGGCGAAAUGAAAUUUGUGGCGUUUGUGGUCCUGCUCGGCGUCAUCAGCGGCUACGUUUCAUCAAGCGCGAUACAGCGAGCCAAUGACUACAUGGACAAGCUCUUGGGGCAUUUCCUCCAAGACGAGGAUCGAUCCCCAGUAAUAGAGAACAUCCCCGUGGCGAAUUUCAACAUCACGGUGAAAUCAAACUUCAUUAGCAACCGAGAUAUUUUGGCGCAAUUUACUCACGGCCGCAUAACUGGCCUGUCCAAGAUCCGCAGAGAUGGCGACUGCAAACCCUCGAAAUGGGUCUCCGGCAAUAUUACAUUGGAGUGUCGGCUAAAUCUAACACCUGUGCAGGCCAAUUACGCAGCUGAGGUUCGAGGUCACACCUUGACCGGGUCGCCGGAAUUCUUCGACUUCUUCGUCCGAGUUCGAAGAUGUACGGCGACAUUCGUCGCUCAAUCGAAACCUAACAAACCAGCAGUCAUCAAGACUUCCGUCAUCGAUGAACCAAUGAUUGUCGAAGCAUCGCAUCUGACGUACCAAGCAUUUGGCUUGAAUGAGGGGAGGAGUCGCGAAUUUUACCAGCAACUAGAGAAUUACGGCAUGAAGCAUAUUCGAAACGGAUUUGCGGUCAACUUUGUGAGAAUGCUGAAUCGAAUCCUGCAGGUUAAUGCGGACCUCCUUCUCUUGCCCACCGUCGAGAUUUAUGGGGACUAAUCGUAUCUUGCAUGUAUUCUUCCCAUCGUUCCGGGGAGAUGCACCCGUGUCCGAGUGGGAGGUCUCAUCCCCUUCUCGUCGACUUCUUGUGAGUUGUAGAGAAGAGCCACUGACAUAUGUUUUCUCGCGAACACAAUAUCAAACAGGGUAUUUUCGAAGAAGCGAACAUUCCAAAGACGGAUCACACGUAAUAUAUCCGAGU